AUGGCGCUCUCUACACUACCAAGCGAGCUGCUUCUGCUCAUAUCAGAGGCCCUCGAUUCUGAACGAGAUCUCAACGCCUUUGUUCGGACGAAUCGCCGCCUAUUCCAUCUCUUAAACACCACUCUCUAUCGCCACAACAUACAAUUCUCUGGCAGUUCGGCACUGGAGUGGGCUGCAAGAUAUGGACGCAUAGAAACUACCAAAAAACUCAUCAGCCAACAAGCAAAUAUCCAUAUCACGAAUAGCGAUGGACAGACACCAGUGGGGUUGGCGGCACAAUAUGACCACAAGACAAUAGUUGAGUUGCUCCUGCAGAACGGAGCAUGCCCGCAUACGACAAAUCCCAAAAGUUGUCGGACGCUUCUGUCAUAUGCAGCAAAAAGUAACCAUCAAGAUGUGGUACGGUCCCUUCUGAAGGAAGGAGUCACACUAGACCAAAGAGAUUGCUUUGGCAAAACUGCCCUGUUUUAUGCAGUCGAGAAAGGGCAUAACGUGGUGGUUCAGAUGCUAUUGGAGAAGGGGGCUGACCCGAGCUUGGAGGAUGUUGACAUCAAUUCAAAAGAUAAGGGCCGGACACCACUAUCGUUGGCCGCUUCUAAUGGACUUAUCGCUGUGGUCAAUCUACUACUCAAGACGAACCAAGCUGAUGUUGGAUCAUGCGAUAAUGAUGGCCGAACACCGGUUUCAUGGGCAGCUGCUAGCGGACAGAGAACCAUAAUCAAGUCACUGCUCCAGAAAAGCGAUAUUGGUAAGAACUUAAGGGAUAAGGAAGGUCGUACACCAUUCUCAUGGGCAGUUAUCCGAAAGCAGAAAGAUAUGGUGAAGUUCCUGCUUGAAAUCGACGAGAUUGACAUUAAUCCGAAAAACCACAAAGGACAAACGCCAUUAUUAUGGGCAACCAUCAAUGAAGAAAAGGGCAUGGUAAAAUUACUGGUUGAAAACGACAAAAUUGACAUUAAUUCAAGGGAUGUUGAUGCAGAUCUGGGAUAUGUGAACAUUACUAGUUUACUCCUCGGGAGAGGAGAUGUUGACAUUAACAUGAAGGACAAAUCCGGUCGAACACCGCUAUCUUGGGCGGUAAACCCAACGGAGAGCUUGAAACCAGUAUCACACGAGAUGAUAGUACAGCGGCUGCUUGCGACAGGCCGGGUUGAUGUCAACUCGAGAGAUAACGACGGUUGGACACCAUUAUCGCGACUGCUGAAUAGUGGUCAUAGAACGUUCAAGAAGGGGAUGGUUCCGAUACUCGAAGCUGUUAUUCCUAAAUGAGGGGUUCUUCUUGCAGGCUUUUUGAAGCUUUUGACCUGAC